GUGUUCAGUUCUUGCAUGGUGUUAGAGUGGUUGGACCAUGGCAGGGAAAGUAGUUGUGCUUUUGUUAUGUUGCCUGGAGUUGUUUUUGGUGCAGGCUUUUCAGGAGUCCUCUGCUUAUGCUAACCAAAAUAAUGAAGACUUCAGUGAAGGAACUCUCUCUGUGCAAUUUCUAGACUCACGUCAGGAGCUCAGACAGCCUGAGAAAUAUGUUGUCUUGUGUGGCAAAGAGGCUUUCAAAAUAAUUUUACCCUCAGAUCCUCUUAUUGAAGUGAAGGUUUUGGGCUCAUCUAUUCUUGGGGUAACAAAAGAAUGUGGCUACUCCCUGACAAAUGAACAAGGCAACAAUGUUCUCCAUGUCCGCUUCUCUGGCUGUCAUGUCACUGUUGAGGAUGGCAGAUAUACCCUACAACUGCUGUAUGGCAAUAACAUGGGACCUGCCGAGGUUGCCACAGUGUCCUGUGACUCCAACUCUGGCAUGGCAUUGCAAAAACUCCGGGUGUCGCGUUCAAAUGAUCAAGAUGACUGUCCACCUGCUCCGAUGCCUGCCUUGACACCAUAUCGAAAGCUCUCUCAGGAGUAUACAAAAGGAGGUUGUGACAUUCCUACUAGUCAAAGGCUGCCCUGUGGUUCUUCUGAAACGACAGCAGCGGAGUGCAGGAACAAAGGAUGCUGCAUGAACGUGACCGAUUCCUCCUGUUACUACCCAAUGGACCAAUGCACAGCUGAUGGGCAGUUUGUGUUUACUAUUUAUUCUAAUAUCACAACAAUUCCUGUGAAUCCCACAAGUUUGAUUGUGGUGAACAAGAACCCCUGUAAACCUGUCUACUCCACCAAGGAUUUUGCUACCUUCAAGUUCUCAGUGACCGAAUGUGGAACAAAGACUUAUAAUGUUGGCGACACAACCAUUUACAUGGCUGAAGUACGGACGGCCAUCAGAGCUCUUAACCUGAAAUACGGCAUCAUCACUAGAGACCAUCCAGUCAGGCUGAUGGUCGAAUGUCGUUAUUCAAAGAUCAGUCCAACGAUGAGGGCCACUGCUGGCUACAUGGUGGUGAACCCAAAUGUCCCAGCCUCUGUGAGUUCUGGUGGGCUAUAUGGUGUUCAGCUCAGGAUUGCAGAUGAUGAGACCUUCUCCUCAUUUUCUGCACAUGGUCAUCUGCCCCUGAAGGUUCUCCUGGGUAAACCAUUGUACCUGGAGGUGCGACUAAAUUCUCCUAAACCUGAUGCCACACUUUUAGUAAACUACUGUGUGGCAUACACUCGCUCUGGUACAAACGCCUUGGUUCUGCUCUAUGAAGGGUGUCCUGAUCCUGAUCUCUCCUCUGCACAAUCUUCAGUCCUUCGUGUGCUGGACCUGCCACAGACUCCUUACCAGCGCCGCUUUGUGGUGACUGCCUUCCAGUUCAUGAACGUGACUACUCAAAAAUACAUCAAUGAGGAGAUUUACUUUAUGUGCUCCACUGAAGUGUGCUUGCCUUCUGAGACUCCAUGUCGCAAGACCUGCUUCGAUGGGAAGGCAUAACAUCUUUCCAAUCAAAGGUGAAUGCUGAAAACUGAGCUUUCAAUAUGCAGUAUUAAAACUUCAUUUUAAAAAAUUCUCUUGUAAUCCUUUUUCUAUUGUGACCUGACUGUACUUAAAGGUUUUUUUUUUUUUUUUUUGCUGCAAAAUGCUUUGAGUGCUUCCUUAUUCAGAGUUGAACCAAUUCUGUUGUAAGCCUGCUCUUUCAAUCAGCUACUCAAAUGCAGUGCAGGACAUUUUGCUGAUGCCUUUUUAUUUUGGUGACACUCAAUCUACUGCUUUAUUUAAAAAUCAUGCUUGUCUCGUGCAAAAUGGUGGGGUGAAUGCUAGAAAGCAGUUAUUCUACAAGCAGACUUAUUUUGAGAGGUUGCCGGUUUGAGCCUUGAGGGAAGAUCUGAUGACUAACUUUAAAACAAUUGUUAUUGGAAAAGCAUCCUGAAACUGAUCAACAGCAGAUUAAGUUUCAACUCAUGCAGCAUUACCUCUAUUUACACCAUAACUGUGUUUUAAAAAAAAAAAAUAAUAAAAAAUGCACUCGCUUUAA